ACAGUCACAGGUUUUAAGAAUGUCGACAGCCACUAAAAAACGAGAGGAUAUUUUGCUACUCUUCGAUGUGGAUGGAACCUUGACCAUGCCCCGUUCGGUGGUGCAGCCGGAAUUCGAGGAGUUCUUUUACACAAAGGUGAAACCACGGGCAACGAUUGGAAUCGUCGGUGGAUCUGAUCUGGAGAAAAUGUUUGAGCAGCUAAAUGGCAAGAAGAUACUGAAUGAAUUCGACUUUAUAUUCCCUGAAAAUGGCCUGGUACAAAUAGAAGGUGGCAAGGAAGUGGGCAAACAAAACAUUAUACAGCAUUUGGGAGAGUCAACUUUACAGAGAUUUAUCAACUAUGUGCUGCGUUAUUUAUCUGAACUGGAAUUACCCAUUAAACGAGGAACGUUUAUUGAGUUCCGCAAUGGAAUGAUGAACGUCUGCCCGAUCGGUCGUCAAUGCACCCGGGAGGAGCGCAACAUGUUUGCGGCCUACGAUGACAAACACCAGAUUAGAAAGAAAAUGAUUGCAAAGCUUAAAGAGGAGUUCGCAGACAUCGAUCUUACUUACAGUAUUGGUGGUCAGAUAAGCUUCGAUGUGUUCCCGCACGGUUGGGACAAAACCUUCUGUCUGCGCCAUAUCGAAGCCCACCAUAAGUUCAAAGAGAUCCAUUUCUUUGGCGACAAAACAGAACCAGGUGGCAAUGAUUACGAGAUCUAUACUGAUCCUCGCCUUCAAGGACAUAAGGUCAAUACACCACACGAUACCAUGCGAAUACUAAGCGAGCUGCUCAACAUUUGAUGGCUAACGCAUUUAUAAAAUUCCAAAUCAAAACAAUUUACUUUAUGAUGUAUAUUCUGUAAAAAAUUAAUCAAUAUAU